GACUUCAAACACGAUAGUAUUGACUAGGUAUCUGAUAACGCUGCAUUCAUUUAAAAAAAAAGAUUAUUUAAGCGAUUUGUAAAAAGAAAAUGCAUUUAUUGAAUUAUAAUGGGGAUAACUAUGUUGUAUUUUACCAUUUGCGGACGCAGAGCCAGUUUAUCCUAGAGGCACAUGUAGCACGUUCUACAGGCCCCGCGCUUCAGGGGGGCCCGCGGUGAGGUGUACAUUUAUUUUUCCCAGGUCAUUUUUCCCCUCUCCCCGACGGGGUUGCAAAAUAUAUAUCCUAGGAAUGGGGCCCCACUGUUAAUUGUGCUACAGACCCCGUGAAUCCUUAAACCAGCUCUGUGUGGAUGUUCAUGCUGGUUAUGCAGCCGCAAAUAUCCAUUUUACUGUCUCCGCUCUGCGUCACCAGUAAAACUCUAUUUGCACCUAUAUAACCAGCAUGAACGUCCGCAAAUGGUCAAAUACAGCGUAGUAAUCCUCUUAAGUAUAUUCCUUGAACUAGAAGUCAACAAAUUGCUUUAACUGAGUCUAUGAAUGUUUUCUUAUGUGCACAUCACACAGAGUGUGAUGGGAAAUACGGCAGUGGUUGUAGCUAUUCCUGCAGUGAAAGAAAGUGUAGAGACCCUUCAGCGCCAUGCGAUCACGUGACGGGAUCUUGUAACGGAGGAUGUCUGGAUGGUUGGCAAGGAGACACGUGCACCACCAAAACUGACUCUGGAAACGAUGUACUACUCAUUGCUAGCAUUGUUGUUGCUGUUGCUGUCGUGAUCAUCGUCGUGAUCAUCGUGGUGGUGUUUUUCAGAUGGAGGAGGAGGCGAAUACGGAAAGAUAAUUCCCACGAAACACUUGUUUUGGGAAGACCUUCAAGAAACACGGAGAUCUGCUAUCUGAUGAUAAGAUAUCCAGUUUAUACACAAAACUGCUGUACCAUGGAGUACUUAAGUAAGAAAUGUCACGUGACGAUAUGUGUCACCAGCUGA